AUGAUUCAAUCAUGUGAAUAUUUUCCUAUGCUUAAGCACUCUGUAAAAAGAUUGAUCCUCCUUCGAACGAUGUCUAACUACCCUAAAGCGACUGAAGAAAGAUCUAAAGAGCUUUUAGAGAAUGUUAAUCAUAUAUUGGACCAGAUAACCAGUGUAAAGUCGCCCAACGGGAGGCCUGUCAACUUGGUUUGUGUGUCUAAGCUGAAACCAUCAAGUGAUAUUAUGGCACUUUAUGAUGCUGGCUUUCGCCAUUUUGGAGAAAACUACGUUCAGGAACUGGUUUCAAAAGCACAAGAGCUUCCCAAAGACAUCAAGUGGCACUUUAUUGGUGGUCUCCAAACCAAUAAAUGUAAGGAUUUAGCUACCAGGAUUGAUAAUUUGUAUGCAGUGGAGACAAUCGAUAGCAUCAAGAAGGCGAAUAAGUUGAACAGCAGCCGUGAUGCAUCCAAACCUAAAAUUAACGUCUUCAUCCAGGUGAAUACUUCCGGUGAAGAACAAAAGAGCGGCAUAUCCUCUUAUGACGAUCUUCUCGCAUUGGCCAAGGUGAUCAAGAAUGAUUGCCCCAAUCUCACUUUGAAGGGUUUAAUGACCAUUGGGUCAAUUCAACAAUCUACAGCAGCCGGUGAAAGGAACAAAGAUUUUGACCAGUUGACGGCACACAAUGAAAAACUAGAAUCUGAUUUAGGAACCACGCUGGAGCUCUCCAUGGGUAUGAGCUCAGACUUCGAGCAGGCUAUAAGGCAAGGGUCUACAAGCGUUCGUGUUGGUAGCAGCAUAUUUGGUGCAAGGCCUCCUAGAAAUGGGCAUUAG